AUGUCAGACAAUUCUAACCAAAAAGAACAAACAAUUUUGGAUCAAGACUUACUUGUCGAUCGAAAUGAAUUUAGAAAAACACAGUUAGAUUUAUUUAAACACAAUUUUUUGGCUUCUUUUGACGAGGCUGGUUAUGCAAAAUUGGAACAUUUAAUUUUGGACCCAAAAAUUAAAAAAGAGGUUGUUAAUACAGCUAGAAGACUUCAAAAAGCUAAAAUUUCUUUGAAAAUGUGA